UUUCUUGAAAAAAAGCUUCUGCGGUGAGGGGUGGAUUGUGUGGCCGGAAAGGGCUUUGGUAUUGGAGAAGGAUCCAUUAUGUCGGAGACAGAUCCUAAGACAGUGCAGGACCUGACCGUGGUGGUUCAGAAUUUGCUUCAGCAAAUGCAAGACAAGUUCCAGACCAUGUCGGAUCAGAUUAUUGGGAGAAUUGAUGACAUGAGCACUCGUAUAGAUGAUCUGGAGAAAAAUAUUGCAGACCUCAUGACACAGGCAGGAGUGGACGAAGAGGAAAGUGCAAACAAGCAGCCGCCGCCGCCAAAAUAGACUGCGCUGCGGGACUCCCAGAUUUUAUACCAGCCCACUGGACAGCAGUAUCAUUUUUCCCAAUAUAGAUGGCUGCAGCACAUUUUUGUAAUAACUCCUUGUGACAGAGCGUUGAUUUCUUACUUGUAUUGUACAUUUGGGUUUGUUUGUAUUUUAUGAUUAUUUAGUGAUCUCAUAUUCAAGUCACCACACAAUAAAUGGGUAUUACACUUAGGUUGUUUUAAUGUAUAUAUAUUCCCAAAUAUAUUUCACUAAGUUUCACAGAAGAAGAUUUAUUCAUUCUAUAAAGGAAAUUGUGGUUCACUAGCAAUAAACUAGUUCUUAAGCCCAUGCAGUGCUGUGAAUUGUAGAAAUGACGGCAGUGCUGUUGAUUCUGUUUCUGAUCAGCACUUUGGUCUGUGCUGAACUAAUGUUCACACUGUAACAUAGGGCAUGGCAGAUCAAAGAGCAGCUGGCAGUGAGAUUUUAAGGGACACCAUAGCUUGAUAAGCAGUUAUUCAUUUUGUUUCACUUAUGGCAUAAUCUAAGGGCAUGGAUUACUGGCUCCUGCCUGUGGAGAAUAUCAUCGCUGAAUCAAACAAUACAGCAGUGCUGUAUGUACAAAAGCAAAUACACAAAAGUACAUGCAGUUAACCAUGUAGCUUAUACUUUUGUAUUUUGAUACACCUCCAUUUAUGACUGUUAGAUGGUUGAAAAUAAAACGGGACAACUUCA